AUGGUUCCUCAAGAAGCAAAAGCCGACUUUAAAAAAAUUUUUCAAGAAAUUUAUGUAAUAGUAGAUUCUUCGGUAGUUGCACAAGAAGUUGUAGCACUUUGUUAUUUAUUGGGGAUUGGAACUGAACAAAAUUUUGAAAAUGCCGAACUUUGGUUUGAGGAAGUUGGGAAAUCUUAUCAAAAAAAUGGAAUGGAGAAUAUUUCAAUCUCUCACAGAUUAAAAAAAAGCUUUUCUAUCUGUGUAUUCUUUGUAGAUGAAAGCAAAAAUUUUCAUCUUUCUUCAUCUCUGGAGGGAAUCAAUUGGACUAGUGCCAACCAAAUAAUGACCGGAUGGUUGCCCUCUCAUCAUCUGAGUCCUAUUAAAUUUAAAGGAAAAUUAUAUGUGGCUGCAGUAGGACUUGAUGAUAAGAUCUACCUCUUUAGUUUAACAGAUGAAAACAAAUUUAAUAAUGUAUACAAACCAUUUGAUGAUGUUGAAUUAGAUGGUUUGAAAAUGAUUGUCGGAAAGUUGUGCGCAAGAGAAUCAACAAAUGAUGAUAGCCAACCAAGCUUACAACAAUCAAGAUUUACAGACGAUUCAUCGAGAAUUAGCACUUUUUUCUCAGACUUCUUCAACUUCAACUUUUUCUCUGACAACACAGAAUCUUCACCAACAACAACAUCAAGUUUAUACAAAGAACACCCUUGUCCUGCUUCAUUGGUCAAUUAUCAAGGGAAACUUUAUAUGAGUUUAGUUGGUUCAUCUAACAAAGUAUAUCUAACAUCAUCUUUAGAUGGAAAAGAUUGGAGGGCACCUUAUCUUCUAAGUGAGAGUUGGAGAUCUUUCAAAAGUGUGAGCUUAGUUGUUACAAAUGAUGAACUUGAUACAAUGUGA